AUGACGUGUCCUCAACCAGAGAGGAAGUUAAUGGAAACACGUGAGAAGUUUCUGCAGAACGUCCGAGACAGAGAGAAGGAUUUCCAAGAGCUAAAGCAGGCAGAAGAGUCCAUCACAUGUUCAGCGCAGACGGCGGUCUCUGAAAGCGAGCGGAUCUUCAGUGAAGUGCUGUGCUCCGUUCAGAAAACAAGCGUCCACGUGACAGAACUGAUCGCAGAGCGACAGAGAGAGGAAGUCCAGCAGAAGAUCUCUGACCUCAGGCUGAAGGUGUCUGAGCUCGAUCCGUUCUUGACCACUGAAGACCACAUUCACUUCCUGCAGAAUUACCCAUCUGACUGUGAAGAAUCCACAUCUGAAGAAUCUGAAGAUCUUUCCAACAUUUGUGAAAAUCCCAAACUGUUUUUUCGGAAUGUGGAGCUGCUGCUUUCUGAAAUGCAAGAGCGUUUGAUGAACGUCACCAAAGAGACCGCUAUCAAGAUCAAAUCUGGAGCAAUGGUCCAGAUAAAGUCCUCUCAAGGUCCUGCUCAGCGGGACCAGAAGGAUGUUUUCCGUUUUGGGGAACCAGUGGCAGAAUAUAACUUCAGUUUUCAGCACGUUCCCUCUGAAUCCACAUCUGUGGAGGCUUCUGGCUCAGAUCCUGAAACAUGUAAACAUGAAGACGAAGGUACUCUGGACUACAAGCCGGUCGUACCGUUACCUGAUCUAGUUGAGCUCUUGACAGGAGAGGAGAAAGAGCAAGUGGUUUUCAGUCACAGAGCCAAACUAUACCGCUAUGACAGAGAAUCACAGCAGUGGAAGGAAAGAGGCAUAGGUGAGCUUAAAAUACUGCAGGACCAUGAACGCAGACGUGCAAGACUCGUGAUGAGGAGAAAGCAGGUCCUGAAGUUAUGUGCAAACCACUGGAUUACUGCAAACAUGAAGCUGGAGCCGAUUAAAGCGUCUGAGAAAGCGUGGACAUGGAGCGCUCUUGAUUUUGCUGAUGGAGACGGCAGCGUUCAGACGUUAGCAGUGCGGUUUAGACUGCAGGAGACGGCGGACGCUUUCAAGAAAUGCUUUGAAGAAGCAGCGGUCACGUCAUUCACUGGAGCAGAAAGAGAUGAAGAUUUUGAAGGGGCUGUCAGAACUCGGAAAGGAAAGUUGUAUCCUGAUGCAGUCGAUGGUCAUGAUGCUGGAGCUGCAACAGAGACACAAAAUCACAAAGAGGAUGAGAACAAUGAUGAUGAUGAUGAUGAAGAUGAUGAAGAUGAUGAUUAUGAAGAUGAUGAUGAUGAUGAUGAUGAUGAUGAUGAUGAAGCAGUUAACCAUGUAGAUAUCCAAUCACUUCCCUGCUUGAAGCAGCCUUUUAUAUUUGUCUGUGUAAAAGUGCAUUGAAAUAAAAAUUCUUGAAUUCUUGACAAUUCUUGAAAUGUUGUAGAAGUCAUACAUUGUUUUUGGGUAAUUAUUUCUCUGUAACAUAAUGAAAUCAUAACCAAUAAGAAGUUUUUCAUGUACAAAUUUGAUAAUCCUUGUGCAAGUGACCCAAUUUAACCCAAA